GCGGAGAGCGGGAGCGAGAGAGCGGGGAAAGGUAGCGGGAGCGCGGCGAGCCGGAGCCAGCAGCCACUACCGCAGCCGGCGGGAGCAGCGAAGCAGAGGAUGCCCGCCUCCCGCCCGCCGCUCCUCUGCGCGCCCGCCAUCUCCUCCACGUCCUCAUGAAUUAGGGCUGCGCGGUGGGGGUGGGGGACGGCAGCGAGAGCCCCAGCGGAACCGGCGCCCCAGGCAUGGCUGGCUCGUGCGCCGUCCAGGUGAAGCUGGAGCUGGGACACCGAGCCCAGGUGAGGAAGAAACCCACCGUGGAGGGCUUCACGCACGACUGGAUGGUGUUUGUCAGAGGUCCUGAGCACAGCAACAUUCAGCACUUCGUGGAGAAAGUCAUCUUUCACCUGCACGAGAGCUUCCCUAGGCCGAAAAGAGUGUGCAAGGAUCCACCCUACAAAGUUGAAGAAUCAGGAUAUGCUGGUUUCAUUUUACCAAUUGAGGUUUACUUCAAAAACAAGGAAGAACCUAAGAAAGUUCGAUUUGACUAUGACUUAUUCCUGCACCUUGAAGGCCACCCACCUGUAAAUCACCUCCGCUGUGAAAAGCUCACAUUCAACAACCCGACAGAGGAAUUCAGAAGAAAGCUGCUAAAGGCAGGAGGGAUCAUGGUAAUGUCAGAUGGAACAUCAUUCUCUUCAGGACAGAGCCUUCAUCUCCCCAGCCUUCCUAGUAACUCCCUGUCUUUUUCUGAAGCAAAGAAGAAAUCAUCUCAUGGGCCAAAGGACCCAACUAGGAUUCUAAACACAAAUAGCAGCAGCAGCAGUAGUAACAGUUUUUCAAAGACCCACAAGUUAACAAAGGAGCACAAAGAAAAAUCUUCUAAAGACUCAAAAGAACAUAAAAGUGCCUUCAAAGAACCUUCCAGGGAACAUAACAAAUCUUCCAAAGAAUCCUCUAAGAAACCCAAAGAAAACAAACCACUAAAAGAUGAAAAAACGGUUCCUAAGAUGGCCUUCAAGGAACCCAAGCCCAUGUCCAAGGAGCCAAAAUCUGAAAACACCCCAAUCCUUGCCAUAACCUGUGGGCAGCAGCAAGAAAAGAAGACUCUCACAAAAAGGCCCUCUCUGCUGGACUCUGAUGAACCUUCUGCAAAAAAAAGAAAAAAGAACAACUCGGAUUCGUUAUUUAAAAGUUUUUCUAGCGCCCCACCACUGAUUCUUACUUGUUCAGCUGACAAAAAACAGACAAAGGAUAAAUCUCAACUCAAAGUGGGGAGAGUCAAAAUUGAAAAUGAUGCACUGGAAGGGAAGACGCCUACUCUGCCACCUUUUGAUGAUAUUGUAGAUCCCAGUGAUUCUGAUGUGGAGGAAAACACGUCCUCCAAAUCUGAAUCUGAACAACCGAGUCCUGCCAGUUCCAGCUCCAGUUCCAGUUCCAGUUUUACACCAUCUCAAAACAGCAGACAACAAGGUCUGUUGAGGUCUAUAAUGAAAGAUCUGCAUUCAGAUGAUAAUGAAGAUGAAUCAGAUGAAGCAGACGAGAAGGACAAUGAUUCUGAGUUGGAACAACCUGUAAAUACACAAGGAGGAAGCAAGAGUCGCAGGGUUAGUCUGAGUGACGGCAGCGACAGUGAUAGCAGUUCAGCUUCCUCACCGCUACGUCAUGAACCAGCACCACCUUUACUGAAAACCAACAACAGCCAGAUUUUAGAAGUGAAAAGUCCAAUAAAGCAAAACAAACCUGACAAACAAAUAAAGAAUGGGGAUUGUGAUAAGGCAUAUCUCGAUGAACUGGUAGAGCUCCACAGAAGAUUAAUGACAUUGAGAGAGAGACAUGUACUGCAGCAGAUAGUAAAUCUUAUAGAAGAAACUGGACAUUUUCACAUCACAAAUACAACCUUUGACUUUGAUCUUUGUUCACUGGACAAAACCACAGUCCGUAAACUACAGAGUUACCUGGAAAUGUCUGGAACCUCCUGAGGAUUCAGCAUCUGGCUGCAUCAAAAUACUGCUCUUUAAAUGACAUAUGUAGAAUGAUGCAACCAAAACAGAGGGGAAAAAAAAUUAAGCAAUCCUCUUCAGCUUUUAUUUUUCCUUAAAGACAGUCAUCAUCUCUUGAUAAAGAAAGGAAAAGUGACCAGACUUAGAGGACCACUCUUUCUCAAGAAGAAAAUGCUCUGGAAGAGUUUGCCUGGAUAGCCUUGAAAAACAAACACAGAAAAACAAACAAAAAUACUUGUUCUUAAUGAAUGUGUAUGAUAUCAUGUAUCUCUCUCUGUGGUGUUCAAGUCCACAAGAUGAAUGCAUGUUCAACACACUGCCUUAUUACAUAACUGAUCUAUUUAUUACUGCAUACAUGUAUCCUGAAGUCCAUGAGUCAUUGAGUGACGCUACCAGAUGUUGCAAGUAGUGGGAUCCUAUGUGUGCUCUUUUGAUGCAGUACUUUCACAAGCCUAGUAACCUUAUUCAUGUUAAAAUGCCACUUCUGGCUAUCUUUCACUAUCAAUUAAAACACUACAGGUCUUGAUUCCACCUCUGCAGUUCCAGGAAACAAGAUACAAACUUAGUGACCAAACGGUGGUUGUAUAUUUCGUUUCCUGUCUGCCACAGUGAGUUGGACCAGAGCAAGUUGGACCGCAACUCCUUCAUUCUGUCCACUUAUUAACCUUGACCAUGGUAAAAAAAUGCACCAAAUAGUGUCAUAUGACUUGCCAUCUAGCCUCAGUGAAUAAACCAAUAGGAUUUUUAACAAAAAAUGUUAUGUAUACUGUCAUGAAUCUGGCAACUUUUGCAAUCUACAUUCUUGUAUCUGUUGUAAUGUUACAAAAUUAGAUAUAUAUUAGAGUGAAGGUGUUCUGCAGGAUUGUCAUAAAAGAAUAUACUGGUCCUGUCCUUAAAGAAGAUGUUGUAGAAAAUUCUUAAUUUGGAGCUAUUUAUUACUAUGAAUUUCAACACUCUUCUGCUGCCAGUGUGUGACUCACUUCUACCAUAAAAUCUUUGCGUAACAUUUUUGUUUGCUCAUAUAUUAUAUGGUCUGCUUAGUUUGUUUUGGGGAUUUUUUUCUGGUUUUGUUUGGUUUUUUAAAACUGCUAAAUUAAAACCUUUUAUUUUAAAAUAAAUAUGUUGUUAUACAGUUACAUGUUGGAAUAAAUACAUCUAUGAUAUUGUCUGUAUGUGUGUGUUUAUAUAUACAUAUAUACUUCACCUGUAUAUAUAUAUGUGUAUAUAUAUACACACACGCGCACGCGCAUAUAUGCUUUUUACACUUCCCAGAUUUUGGUAUCUGUUCAAUAACUUGCUUGUGUUUCCAGAAGAACUUCUUGUCUAUAAAAAUGAGUAUUCUUUCAUAGCAUCUAUUAUUUCUUAAAAUCAGGAUCUUUCAUGCGUUCAGGAUCACGUUCAUGCGUGAUCAAAUGAGAGGAUGUGUACUCAGUUUCACAUCAAUGCUUCAUGCUCUCAUAUUGCUGAUGGUUUCUUGAUGGAAUCAUCACCAUUCUAUUAGAAAUGCAAAUUCCUAAAAGAAAAUAGGAAAGAAUUAAAAAAUACUUCUGGAUGCAAAGGUUUAUUCAAGUUUACCAGCCUAAAAAAUGUAUCUUGUUACUGGACAGGCCAGUAUGUCGUGUAUGCUUAUAUGCCACAUGUAGUCUCUAUGUGUAGAGCUGAACAGUAGUAGCUUUAUGACUUACUGUUUCAUGUGCACAGUUUGUGCAGCACUGAAAAACUAUUGGGGUUAUUUCUUAUUCAGAUAGUAAAUCUUAAUACUGUUUCUUUAAGUCCAAAGAAAAUUUUACACUUUACUCUUUUUGAAAGGGCACGAUAUGUAUUGGCUGGGGGGCUUUUUUCUUAUUUAAGAUGUUGUUUGAUCACACUCCGCAGGAAGUUCUUCUUAGGCUUCCAAAGAAUAAGUGUACCUUUUCAGUAAUGUUAUGACUCUUAUUGAUGAUUGGCAUGAAGCAUACUUGAAACGUUAUGUUGUUCUUUUAAAUCCGUGUCUUAAUGUGCAAUUGGGGAGGGGUGAAGGAAUGGGAGUAUAAUGUUAACAUUACUAUUGACAGAAGGCUGGUGAUAAUGGGGAAGGGAAUAGGGGUGCAUGUGAAGGGGAUAAACUUCAAUUUUUAUUGAUUGUUUUAUAUGAAAAUGUUUGGAAAUCUAAAAGCAACCUUAAAAAUCUUUGGUCUACCAAUGUGUGUUCAACUUUCCUGUCUUUUAGUUAUACCAGAUGUAUAUAGAAAUUUGUCCAUUUUGACUUUUCUAACUAAGUCUUGUGGUAAAGACUCAUUGAGUUUCAGAAGGGGAUACUUCUAGUACGACUAUUGCACUGUUUUUUUAGAAAUGGUGAAAUGAAUCAUUUUAUCCUUUAAAUAUCUAAUAAGCUUUAUUAUACACUGCGAACAGGGGUGGAAGAAAAGAGAAACUGGGAGAAUAGGCAUAAAAGGGAGAAGACAGCAAUUGCAGUAUCAAAUCAGUGCUGAAUUUAGUGCAAGCUGUGGAUUGUACUUAAACUCUUAAGUUUUCUAAUUCAUUGGGAGAGAAUAAAAUAGACUGCAGCGGUCUAUCUGUGUACUGACUUUUUCACAAAAUUCUGAUAGAAAUAGAACUACAAAGUUUUGAUCUAAAUUUAAAAGUUUACUGUUUUCAUCUAAUUGUGUAUACAGAAACAAAAUAAAUCCAUGUUCACUUAAUUUCUGACAUUCAUAUUUCUCUUAAAGAAAAAAAUAGAAGAUACCUUCCCAGACUUAAAUGUCUAAGAGCACUGAUCUUUGGGAUGGGUUAAAGUGUUUUGGCAAACAUUUGGAGUUUUACUUAACAUCAACCUAUUUAAAACAGUUAUAUGAGAGAAUUUAGAUUAACUCAUUGCAGUGACCAGGUAGAGGUUAGCAGUAACUUCCAAUAUCUAAAGUAAUUUUCAGCAUGAGUCACUGUUACUAGAGCAGUAGUUGUAUCCAGUAGCAAAGACAGUUUUCAUCUCACAAGUAACUUUACAAGUCAGAAAGUGAAUGUCAAAUUGGUAGGCAAGGUUUAAUUUUUGGUAUUUUUUAGAAAUCUGAAUCUGCUGAGAGGCUUUACAAAAAUUUCAAUAUUGUUUAGAUUUGAAGGCCAUCUUAGUCCAUGCUAAAGAGAAAGAGCAAGAAAGGAGGAAGGGGUAUUCACUGAAGUAAAGAGACUCUUCCAAGGUAAAAGUAAACCCAUGCUCAGUCUUUAGCCUUUGGACCGUAGGAAGUGGUUGAUCAUUUCUCUCUCUUCAUUGGUUUGGUCUUUUUGGGAAAAGUCUGUGCUUUCAAUUCAGAAACAAAGUACACAGAGUACAAUGCAUUUGGAGAGCCCAGUAUAUUUCUAUUGAAGUUUCUUUUAGUCUCUGGGAAGGAAAUCACAAGUUCUUGGGUUUUGCCUGGCCCAUUGUUUUUCUUUCCCAUUCUCACAGUGAAAUAAAGUACUUUCACAAUC